CGGAGUAUUAUUCCCGCCAUUGUUGUUAUAUUGAAAAUGGCCGCCGGUGAAAAAUUUUACAACUUUAUGAUCACAUCGCACUUAUAAUGGGCUGAAAGUAUUCAACAAUUCUCCUAGAUUGUUCUUCGUUGCUUUGUGUUAAGGUUUUGCCUGCUUUGUGGUGGUCUUUGUUUCGGGAAGAUGAAUACAAGCGUGCCCAUUGCAACACUUGCAGGCAUCACGAGUUUGACCGAUCGUAAGUAAAAAUUGUCCAUUUACACGCCAGUGAUUUACAUUUAAAGAACUGCAUUUAGUUUUUAAAAUAUCAAAGUGAAAAAAUGCAAAAUUGACCUGUUAACAAGCAUUUUAAGCUACGACAUUGUUGUAAACAACGACGAAUUAAGGUGACCGUGAAGAAAAUUCGACUUCCGCCGAUCGUUGACAACUUGUACAUGUAUCUCCUUGCAGCAAUACUGACAUGUUUUUCGCCUCUUUUUUAUUGACUGAUGAAUUGUUUACUCGUUGCAGUACUCCCGGAAUUACCUUUUCCGGCACCUUCAUCGUCCAGAAGAAAGGACACCUUGCUAUGCAGCCCAAAAGUCGCUGCAGAGGCCGGAGAAGUUCUUAAUCGACCUGACCGUGCACUUGUUCAACGGCUCUCACAAGCACUUUUCAUUUCAAAGUCGACCACAGACCAGUUGUAUGUAUAAAUCCUUUUUUCUCUGUAUAGAAUCUUUGCUUUAUAGGAUAUGAAUGAAAGUGUCAUUCGGAGUGUAGUAAUUACAGUAUUUAUAUCUGGUUAAAUGAAAUAAUAUUACAUGUAAAUACUUAUUAGAUCGAACUUAGACGGUUGUCUCGCACUAAAAAAGAAAAAAAAAAGAUAAAUUGUACAUUAAUGAGCCACUGUUAUUAUUAAAACGUACCAAAAUUAAGCUAAAUUUUGAAUUCUUACUAAACUUGUAGGGAUCCCUCUUUGCAAAAUAAUCACUCUAACAUUUAGUUCUACUUAUAGUUUUAUUGUUUUGAAGGUCACACAUUUAAAACUCUUUGAUUAACAAAGCAAGUUGGCCCCUAUUCAAAGACUAUACUUUAAUAAGUUUACUUUUGCUGUAAAAAAGGAAGAGGUUUUUUGAAAAUAAAAAAAAUAGAGUUCUUGGAAUUAACACAAAACAUGUGUACACUUGUAUCUUAACCAAUACGUGAUGUGGCAAAAGAGGGUUGAUGAGUUUUUGAAAGUGCCUAUUGCUAUAGUUUUUUGUUUGUGUUUUUUGGAUAUGAGAUGAUUGUAGCCCACGUGUUUUUUUUUCUGUCUGUUUGGCUAUCAAUCAUCUCAUAUUCAGUGUAAUGUUUGAAACUUGGUUCCACUUGAGUUUUGAAAAUUUUCACGCCAUUUUUAUGGUCCUUGAGAGUAUACUACAUGGAAUAUUGUUUUCUAUUUGUUAAAUAUAGCGUUGUGUAUUAAUUUUAUCUAUAAACAGGAUAUGGAAGGAUGGGGUCAGUCAGGAUGACAGCACUUCUUGCCAAGGAGACCCACUUCUUCUGCAAGCUAUCUUGGCCCAUGCACCGAGUGUUUUUAGUCCACAGGCUGCAAGUACAAGUACCAUGGUUGAAAACAGUCAAGAUCCUCAGGGUAACUUUUACUUUCUCAAACUCAUUAUUAAUUCAUUAAGAAAAUACAAAGGAAAUUAAUGUUUAAUGAGUGUUUGGAAAUCGGAUGAAACACUGCUUAGUAUUUGCAUCCUUAAUUUCUCCUUCAAAAAUGAUUUUGUUUGAGAAGAAAUAUCAAACAUUCGAAGUUCGUCAAAAAUACUCUGCUGCGCGUCGUAUUUUCAACUCUCUUCUCGGUGUUUCAUCUGGUGAUGAAACACUGCAUCUCAUGUUUGAUAUAUUACUUGAAAUAUAGUGAUUAUUGAAGCUGAAAGAUUUUAAAUAAUAAUCAGGGUAAAGAGGGAAGCAACUUCUUUUGUUAUGGCACAAUAUAUGCUUUCCUCACAUAGGAAUGUUUUCAUUUUCAUACAUAGAAUGCAUUAACGUACAAAAAGGCAGUCUACAAAAUAAAAUAUAUUUUAACUCCAUUUUUAAAGGGUGUUUUUUGUGUUAAAAGAUUUUGUCCAAUCAUGAGACUUGCAAACAACAGCCAAGAAGAGUUGACAAUUUUAAAUGUUCCUCACAUAGGAUCUCUGGUUUUCUUAGACUCAGACAAGAUUUUUUUUUAUAAGGAACUUGGUAAGGAAACAAGGGAUAAUAUACAUGCUGCUUUGCAGAGAUUUCGUAAAAUUUGAUGUUUUAACUAAUCAGACGAGUAGUAGAGAUAAUAGUAAGGUUGUCACCUUUUUCGCAUUUUGACAUGUUCAUUGCGUUUGGCUCUUUCCUUUUUAUCUGGACCAUUACUUAAAUAAAAUUGGCAGUACAAAGUAAAUUGUGUAAGAAAUUCUUGCCAUGAAAAAAUUGAUGGUAAAUUACAGAUACUGUACAUGUGUUGUUGUUUAUUGUUAUCCUUGGUUGUAUUCUUGUCUCUGUUUUUUUAUUUUUGUGUUUACUGGUAAUAAAUAAUAUUUUUGUGAUAUCGUUAGUUUAAAAGAAAUUAAAGUUACAUGUAAAGUUGAACCUAUUAAAAAAAUGUACUUUACCUAUUGUAUUUUAUUAACUUUACCAAUGACAUAUAAAAAAGAAAUUAAUAGAAAGCAGAGGGUAUCCAUAUCCAAUAGUAACAUAAUGAUAACCUUGUGUUUUUACAGCUUUCUCUCCUGUUGGAUACAAUCACUUAUCGCCCCAUCAGAGAGUCAGUCCAACAAAAGUGAGGUCUCCAAUGUGUGCAGGGUCACCAAGAUCAAUCCAACCACAGUCUCCUUACCGUCAUGCUCUUCAGCACAGUCCACCAGAUCAUGUUGGAGUUAUGCGACAGAUGGCAUCAAGCCCUCACCAAGUAGCUCUGCAAAAUCAGUCAUCAGGCUACCCAUCUCAGUACAGUGGGAUGGUGCCGGGUGUUCAAAGCAGUUCUGAACAACCAGCAGGUGUGUCUUCUGUUGAAACCAUAUUAAUUUUGUGGCAGAAAUCCUGAAACAUUGGUUUACUCAAUAAACAAACUCAUUGGUCAUAUUCUGAAAACAGAAAUUGGUAGAGACUGUUCCAGAAUAGUCUAAAAUACUUACCAAUUCCAGAAUAAUGUUAAUAAGUAUUGAAAGAGGAAAUAGCCAAAUUACUGACUAAAAACAGGGUUGCCAUGGUCAGGGAAAAGUCAGGGAAAAAUGAAAAUGUUUCAAGGUCAGGGAAAAGUCGGAGAAAAAUCUUUGAUAUUGUCAAAGUCAGUAAAAAGUUAGGGAAUUCUGUUUUCCAGUUUAUACUUUGUAACUUUCUGAUAAGUGGCAGCCCUGAAAGAUGAACUGAACGAAUGCAAGAAUACAACAAAAAAAUAAUAUAGCAAGGAAAAGACAUUCGUUCAUAUCCUGAAAGUGUUAUGACAAACAGACAAAUGCUUUCAAGAAAGUCUAGGAGUGUUUAUGUUUAGAACUUAGAGAUGUGUUAAAUAAAUAAAACAGAUAUUACAAACAGCUUCUUAUGGUAUGAAGAAAAAUUAGACCUUGAGAGGCAGUUGUCCACCUGUCCUUGGCCCACAACUUGUCCCAUCUGCAUAUCUCUUCAUACCAUACAGUGAUUUUGUUACCUCUAUGUCUUGGGUCCCUGACACAUAAAAAUCCCCAGAGACGCAAAAUAAUUCAUGGCACGUGUCCUGUAGGAUGCAAAGAAUGAUCGAUCGAUUUGAACGUUUUUUGCUAGAAUAUCGUGUAAUUUCUGUGGUUGUUGUUUUAAAGAUGUAUAUUUAUUUUAUUCUUUUUAGUUUUUGUGCUAGGGACUGUGUUUUAAUUUCAGUAAAUUGUAAUGGAGAGUUUUGGCAUCUGUCUCCAGAUUAACUGUCUGGUUACAUACACUAUAAAGGCCCAAGUAUUUUCAGUUUAGGACUCCUCGUUGUUUUUUUAACUGGGACUCACUGGUUAUGGACAGGGACUCAUGACUUUUCACGGGAUGAGUCCCAGGACUCACCAUAACUAUUUGUAACAAAAUCACUGAUCAUACUCUGCCCGAUACAAAAAUUGUUAAAUACUUCAAAUAGUUAAAAUGAGGAAGUAAAUUAUUAUCCGAAGGUUCAUUGACAUUGUAUUUUCUAUUUCAUAGCAGAAAAUACCUUACUUGUCAAUGGAGGUUCACCAAACAUGCACCUACUCUCGCCUCACAUUGCGUUAAGUCCAGUUCAGACUUUUUCUCCACUCAAAACAAGACGGAUGAGACAAGGCCUCUCUAAUAGUGAACCACAGCAUAAAACAGCAUUGGGAGUUCUCAACAUUAAUCAAGGUUGUGUUUAUUAAAGCAUUUUUCCUCACACUAUUCCUGUGUUAUAUAUUUUGAUAUUAAAAAGCUGAUAAAUGUUUUGUAAUCUUCCUAAUGAUCUGAUCUUUAUUUUCUUUCUGUUAUACUCUGGUAAAGGAAUCACCAAAUAAAUUAUUUUCAGGGGUGUUUUAAUGUUUCAAAAUCUUCUCCAUCAUUUUGUUAGACAAGGUAGUUGGCCUCUCAUCGCCACUCUUCAGGUAUUUGAAUGUAUAGUUAAAUAAGGUACUGGGGUUUUAGGUUACAUAAGCUGGGAAAAACUCUAGUAAUGUGGGCAUCUUUGGACCAGAGUGUAUCUUGACUAAUUCUUUCUUUUUUGUCAGAAUAAUAACUGAUAAAAAAGAAAAAAACUGAAAAUGGUAAGGAGAAAUUGUUGGUUUGCAUGUGUCAUUUUUGGUUUGUGUUUCUUUCAAUCAGGUGCAGCGACAGCUCCCAAUCAGAAAAAAGGACAAAGAAAUAUUGACUUGUCGACAACAGUGCGGAGGAAUUUAAAUGACAGUGAAUUUUAUUGCCAUGUUGCCCAGGCACAAGCACACGAUGGAGCAACAGAGGUUUCUAACCAGAGUAGUUAUAACAGCAUAAGUGCUUUGGAGGCAUUAACAGCACAAAAUGGUUUCAAUUUUGAUCCAUCUGUUCUGGGACAAGCGUCACAGCAGCUUGCAGCAUUAAGCGAAAGGCGAAAAAAUGCUAGUUUUAGAACCACAGAGCCACAGACUUUUGAGCAACAAGAAGUUGCCAUCAGUAGAACUCCAAUCUCAUCAGAGUCUAAACCAAAGAAGAGGCGAAGUUCUUCGAGGAGUAAAUCUGAUGUAGAUGCGGAGAACUUGCCCAUGCAGUCUGCCAACUGUGCAUUGCAAGUUCAAAGCUCUGCAAAUGAGACAAACAGUUUUCUGCAUAAGCCAGUAAAUGAAAAACUUACUCAGCACAGACCUUCACAUGUAAGUGCUAAAUCAGUAGAUGAACAACAGCUUGUACUGGAAGGAACAAAUGUCGUACAGCCAUCAGCACCAAUGUCAGCAAAGGACUUGAACCUAGAGCAGCAUGUGCUGCCUAACAGAACAGAAGGACCAGUAUCACCAAGUAGUGUGACCAAAGACCAUCCACCUUGUAUAUCACCAACUCUGAAGCUAUCUCCUGCGCUAAAAGGGAUACAGUUGUAUGUUCCAAAGUUAGUGAUAACAAAGAUAAAACAACGUAGGGGUUCAAGGGAGGUAGAAACACAUCAAGUGAGGGAAGUCUUGCCAGGCAGUGAAAGUGAUUUGCAGCGAUCAAAAAAGCGUCGGAGGUCAAGUGAGGAAAAAUCAAGACGCAAUAGCGGCUACAAUUUUGAGGAAGGUACAGGUCUGUUACUUGUGUCCUCUAUAUUCAUGUAAAUAGUGGAGUUCGUCUCUGCUAUUUAUGCAUUAAGUUCACCUACAAAAGAAUUAUUUCCAGGCAGUAUGAUAACAUAGAUGAAGAAAACAGACAACUUGGUAGAGGAAAAAGGGGAUAACUUGUUUUGCCAAUGGUACUUACACCAGUAUGACUAAACUUUGACAGCAAGUUAGUGUCAGUAAGAAAGGUUUGACGAGAACAAGUUGUAGUCUUGAAAACAACGUACAGUCCCAAAUUGUUAAGUGUAAUUUUCUGCUAAACAUACAGUGCUUUUUUAAUUCCAGCUCCACCAAAGAAGAAAAGCAAAACCAAGAAGCAAAAGAAGCAAGACACUCCUCAAUCUGAGGGUAAAACUUUCUAGUUUUAGUAAUUAACCUCACUUGCAUCUCAUUAAGUGACAAUGAUGCUACAGGGAAAUAAGAGUCUAAACUCUUGACUCUUAAAUUUUAGAUAUUAUGGAAUCACCAACCUUUAGGAAGUUUGGAGAAUUGCUUGAGAACCUGUUUGAGUUUGAUGAUGAGUGCAAUGUACCAAGCUUCACUCAUGAUGUUGGUAAGUUACAUUCUCUUUGCAUAAGGUAAGGUCAUAAUAUAACCAACAGGUUAGGGUUAGAACCUCAGUUACAUGUAUAUUUGUGUGUGUUGAUUGCUCGUUUUAUAAAUAUAUAGCCAUACUAGUGUUUUAAGUACUUUACAUGUAGGUAGCAACAGAGUAACUGUAAAUGAAAUCACUCGGAUCAUAAAAGAUGAAAUGAUGGAGAAAGGUUAGAAUUUCAUAGUGUUAAAGUGCCUAUAACCCAUAGCCAAUAGCUUUCUUUUUAAAAAGUAGAAACAUAUAACAUGCAAUUACAAGCAAUAGAAUGGGAUUUGAGCUCAAUCUCGAUUUUUAACAGGCCAUCAAAAUCCCGAUUCACGAAGUAAAAAUCGCUCCUCAUGGGGAACUGGGCCGAGUAGCCUGUGACGUCAACCCGGUAUCUUGGCGAUAACAUGAUAGGCUACAAGAUACCGGGUUGACAUCACAAGUAUUUAGUGUCACUCCUUUUUGAAUAAAUAUGGUGGGAAAUUAACCUCAAAUUGCUGAUUUCGUCCUUCAGUAAAAGUGUGUUGAAACGCAAAAUAACUUUUAUUUCUUUGCAAAAAUUCUUUAAGCUACAUGAAUGUUCAAAAUUUAAUAUAACUGAGUACGGGUGAUAGGCACUUUAAUAAAGGGAUUUUGUCAUAAGACAGUACUGUACAUGUAGUUUCAUAUAGAUAAUUCUGCAGACUGUCAAACCCUAUCUAUACGAACACUGAGAGGGCCAUAGGAAGUGUCCAUACUAAUCUAAUGGGGUGUCUGUAUUAGGCAGGUUGAAUUUAGAGAAAAUGUGGGGGCUUACUUUUCCCAGGGACAAAGCAAACUGUCCCUAAUAAUACGGUGUUUGCAUUAAGCGGGUCGGUUUGACUGUACUUUGUUUGGAAGGGUGGCUGUGGUGGGGAGAGAUCUUCCCCUUGACUUCUUCUCAUCCCCAUGACUUGUUCAAGGCAGGACUGCUAAACAAAGUGUUUUCAUGGUAUGUUAGCACUGGAAAUUGUGUACAAGACACAAAGUUUAAUAUACCUCUUCUCAUAUAGAUGACCAGGAACCAAAUCCAGAAAGUCUGAUUUCACGAUCAGUAAUUAUGGAAUUUUACUCAGAGACGGCAAAGUUGAAGUCCCUUGGAGUCUUACACAAGGUAGGAACACAUCAUUUAUUUAUUUGUCAUUUUUUUCUAAAAAAAAGCAAAGCCUGGUUGACUCAGUUUGUUGUGUCCUGGUUUGUUGAGCCUGAGGAUAUUGCCACCAUGUUCUACUUCUCGUAAUAUUUUGCUUUUUGAAUUAAAAGUUUUUAAUUGCAUCAGGUUCCCACCGAGGAUUUGAUGAGACUGUUGGCAAUAAUGGAGCGCCAUAUACGAGAUGGUUUACAUUUACAGCUACAGUGCAGUGCAGAUCAGGUUAGAAAUAUUUUUUGUGCCACUAAUAUUAAUUUUAUGGACCAAUCUUGCACUUGUGCCAGCCUUGUAACAAAUCUUUGUUGCUUGUACCCACAUGUACAUGUAUACGGUAUGUUGCAGCUAAUUUUUUGUCUUAGGUAAGUUUUGCUUUCCUUUUGUUUUUGGUUAUGAUAAUGUAUGCUUAUGAAGUUGAAACAAAGGAAAAAUAAAAAUUACCUGAGAUAAAAAAUUAACUACAACAUACAUCUUAUAUAACACUCACUCAGAAGCAAAAACAAUUUUUUUUAAUAAUAUUCACAUUGUUAUUUUCUGCAGUGUAAAAUGCAAAGGUGCAAACCCUUAACCAUUUGGGGCACACAGCAUACAGUGUAGCUACAUGUAUGUUACUUUAGAGAGACUAAAUAACAAUAUAUUGCUUGUGCUUCAGGAUGAUGAUGAGGAACAAAGACUGUGGCGUGGCUUAUGUCUUGAUAGAAUGGUACGAGCAGUUGAAUCUUCUCUGGUAGUGCUCUUCAUCCUCACUUCUCCCUCCAUGUCAAAACAGCUUUACCUUGAAGAGGUCAUUGACAGGGUUAUAUCCCUCACCAAGUACCAACUAAAGAACAACAUCUUUCCAGAGUAUGAUCCUCUUUACAAAGAAUCUGAUCCCAAUGGUAAGAUAUUACUUUGACGUACAUUUGUUGACAGUCCGGGUGUUAAUGAUGCCUUCAUAUAAUUAUAUGUACAUACACAUACAAAUGUAUAUUGUACAUAAACGUACAGUAUACAUGCAUUAAUAGCAUGCUAAUUUACAAGAAUGUAUCAUUUAAGAUGAAGUCUAUAUUUUGCAUUCACAUUUGCUCUCAAAAAAUUAAAUGCAAACCGAAAGCAAGUACUUCCAAUGUACAUUUCAAUCAUUUGAUUACUGAAUAUACAUUAUAUCCAAUAACAUUGUACUUUUGUUUUGUAGAAAGUGUUGUUAUUAUGCCCAAAGCCAAAAGAUCGAAGUCCUUGCAGCCAAAACUCAAGUCUUUGUCACUGUUUUAUAACAAAGUUUGCGAACUUGUCUCAUUAUUGGGUGACCUUGUGGAUAUUCAGUCCCUUACUGAUACUGACAUUUUGCAGGUUUGUGCUAUUUCUCAAUUUGCAGUUCAAUUUGUCACAUACAUGUAAUACAUCCUCGCCUAACAAAAUAAAUAAAUAAUGAAGAGCUGUGUGGAAUAAGGCCAUGAAGUGAGUUCCUGGUCUCCCUUUGAUUUUCAAGCAUGUUCAAGAGAAAUAUUUCAAGAGGAUCUUGACUAGCCAUUAAUCAUCAGUGACAUUAGGCUUUAUUCCAGGCAACCCUGUAUGGUCAAGUGUGUCACGUUUUCUAAACAUUUUUGGAUGUGUGCGGAUGUUUUGUACAAAUCGUCUAAUUUAAUGGUCUGCAUAUUUUGUGUUUAGGUAUCCAAUCUCGGAACUUCUCCAUUCUUUGUGGAGAAUGUUAGUGACCUCCAACAUAGUGCUCUCAAGCUGGUCAGAUCGGUAUGUUGCAUGCUCAUAAUUUAUUUAAAUGGCUACCCAGGGUGCAAAGAAAGUCAGUUUUACAGAGCAUGUACCAGCCCGAAAGUCAUUUCAACUAGCCUGAAAAAAAAUUGAUUGCAGUUCUUCUGUAAUUUGAAUUCCCCAAAAAAAUCACUUGCCGAUCGGGCAAGUUAAGAAAAGAAUUCACUGGCCCAAUAGCAAAAUCCAUUAGCCCCAGGCUCUCAGACACCACUUUCUUUGCACGCUGCUACCACUAAUCAAGUGUGAAAUUAAAUGAUACACUGUAACUAUUAAAGUUUAUUUGUUUAUUUUUACAUUUUUUUGGUCAGUUUGUAUUACUUUAAUUUCCCUGCUUUGAAGUAUAUGUACUCUCUAGGCUUACCACAGUAAACCAAUCAUAUCUAUCAUUAUUUUAAUCUGGACACUUUGGCUUUGUCAUCGUUUAUUAAUUUUUUCUUUUUCAUUUGAUGCAAUAAAGGUUUUCAGAAAAUACAUCAAGCACAGGGACUUGAUCCUGGAGGACAUUUUUGCCUCAUUAGCAAGGCUCCCUAGUAGCAAAAGGACACUGAGAGGUUACAGGUCUGUUAAGAAAUUCAAAUUAGUCAAAAUAAUUGUGAAGAUUGCUUAGGUAAAUCCUUUCUCAGUUCAGCUGAUUGUGUCAUUGGGCAACGUCAUGAAGCCGUUGACCUUGCCUCUGUUUUUUGAUAUCCAGUAAGGUCUGUUUUGUUGUCUCUUUAAUUACAAAUUGUUCUUACACUAUUUAACCACUAUCCAUAUAAUCUUAGGCUCAGUGGGGAUGUCUCAAUACAGAUGGUCACAGCUCUCGUACUCCAGCUCAUUCAGUGCUCGGUUAAAAUUCCUGAAAAGGUAGAUGAGGUACAAGAUGCAGCCAGUACUGAAGAUGGUGAAGAUGGGAGCAAACCUCAAGUUAGUUUAUAGUGGAGAACUUCUGUGGUUUUGUUGUUGAGUCAAGUCCCUGGUUUUGGAAUGGUUAAUAAUUAACAAUUGCCUCAGUGCAAACUUGUCUUUCAUGGAGUUUUUGUAAUGUUGGUUUUAUAAAGAAACAAAAAUGUUAUGGAGUGCAGGAUAAAGGAAAAAACACAUUCGUAUGUUUUUUUGUGUGUUUUUUUUUACAGCUGUACAUGUAUUGUACUUUUUGUACACAAUGGAAAAGUGUGAAAUUUAUGUGGUUCUGACCUUAACAGAUGCAAUGUAAAUUUAAAGACCAAGGCAAGCCACACCCACGUUUUUCCACCCAGAAAUGAACCUAAAAGGAUGUACAAUGCCAUCUCUCCUUUUGUGGGUUUUGUGGUGUUGACUAUUAUCCUUAUCCUUGUUUUAGGUGGACAGAAACCUCCUUGUUAUUACUUCCUAUGAAAAUGCAUUGAGAACAGCACAGAAUUUCUUGUCUAUGUUUUUGAACAAGUAAGUUGUUUAAAGUUGAUGAUUUGUUCCCUGUUCACUCCACUAUACAAGUACAGCCACUGUUGUUGAAAAUUUGUUGUUUUUAACAUAUCUAGUUUCUCUGAUAAAAACUUAAAUAUCUAAUUUAUGGAAUAAAAAUUGAAAAUUGCUGUGAUGUGGCUAAUUAAACAGCUAUGUUUUGAUAAUGCAGACGUGUUUAAUUAUUGAGUUUUAUUUUUGAGAUCCUGGUUUUUCAAAAACAAUGGAAAAGCAGUACCAUUGAAUAGCUCCCUAUUAUUUUGAUUGCUCCCAGAAAUAUGUAUGUGUAUAAACUGUGUCACUUUAUUGCAGAUGUAUCAGUGUUGGCAAAGACGAAGAAGAUUAUCGUCCAUUGUUUGAGAACUUUCUUCAAGACCUGCUAGUUACCUUGAACAGACCUGAUUGGCCUGCUGCUGAGGUCCUGUUGACCCUCCUUGGUAGAUUGUUGGUAAGUAAGCUUCUAUGGUGAAUUUCCUUGAAGAUGAAGUGGUGCAGGUGAAUACUAUUAGACAAGACUUUCAGUGAUUUUUGCCAUGAAAGUAGAAUUCAGUGAAGUUUUACUGUUUUAGUUGGUUCAAGUUUAUCAGUUUUGGGUGGGGAGGGGGAGGGCGAGGGCACCCCAUUUCUCUUGUUGCUCUUUUACUUUUGACUAUGAGAUUGUUGUCAAUCUACAGCUCCUCUCCUGGGUGUCUGCUCCCUAUUCUCAAGGAAUCCCAAUCCCUUUUCCUCCUCCUAAUGUGACUAAGAUCCUGGAUCUUCUCCCCUCUUGUACUAUUCUCUCUUACGCAGAUUGUGACCUUCAACAACAAGGCAAAUGAUGUUAGUCUGAGGGUCUCAGCUAUUGACUAUCUGGGUGUUGUUGCUGCUCAUUUAAGGAAGGAUGCAGUGAACAGUCAACAGGAUACAGAAAGUAUAACAGAGAUUUUAAUAGAGGUAACAGAAGGAGAAAAAUUUUAUAAGAAAAUUAUGUUUUUUGUUGCAGUUUACACUGUAAGUUGCAAUUUAAGAUGAAUUUCAGGUAAAACUUAUUUCAAACCAGUUUGUUAAGGAUCACAGCUGAACUUUUUAAAAUAAUUUUGACCCAUAAUAAUACAUUUGAAACGAAUAUUAAUGUUCAUAGUUCCUUUGUUCUAAAUAAAUAUUGCAAUAAAUUAAUUUUAUGAACAUAAUUUUUAUGCCCAUCUAGCAACUUGGUGAAGUAUCUGAUGACUCAAGCGAUGAAAUUUCUCACCUGGUAGGUUACUACAUGUAUGCUGUUAUCUUCAUUGUUUACAUGCAAGUUAAUCAAGCUUAUGUUGCAAAAAUGAUGUUUAUUGUGACAGUAAAAAAUACUUUUUUAGGAUGAACGGUCUGACAAGAGAGGCCUGAUUUUACAAAAGACUCUUGCAAACUGGUUGAGUUCAGAGGGUAACAACGAUGCAGCUUUCAUGGUGAGAACAACAAGUUAUCAUUGUUAGUGUCAAGUCCAAAAUAUGAUUAUUUCCUUAUUUCUCAAAAGCUAAAUUUUAAAAAUUCUGUGCCAUAAUAUUACACUCCAGGCUGUUUAUAUUGUAUAAUGUGGAGCAUUAAAUUCAUGGCAGGCAAACAUUUAGUAGAUUACAAAAUUAAAUGAAUUUUAUUAUCAUAAUCAUUUUCACUAUCAUUGUCAUCAUCAUUGGUCUUGUUAUUCUUUAUUUAUUUAUUACUUUUUUAGUUUGCAAGGCAUUUUUUUGUGGCCCAGUGGAUAAGGGACAACCAUGUGGAAAUGGAGCGGUUCCUUAGAGCUCCCACUGAAGAUCCUCUUGAUGGUGGAGAUGGUUUGAACAACAGUGCCCUUUUAGGGGCUCAAAGUAUAGCAAAGUUGGAGGAAAGAAAGGCUUCCUUGUUCUCCAUUUUAGAUGGAGGACAUUUGUCAAACAUUAGGUAAAUAACCUUUUUUGUGAUAGAUUCAACUAGUAAGUUGAGUUUAGGUUUAUAAUAAAGUUCAUUGUUCCUCCAUCCCUGUCUCCCUACUGUGAGUCUUUUCUUUCUUCUUCUUCUCUACUUUCAACAGUGUCUUUCUUCAUUACUUGUGUCCUCUCUCUUUCCUUCCCCUCAAUAUUUUCAUUCGCCUUUUACUCUUGAUAAAAUAUGGUGCUCAACAUAAUACAUUGUUUUUACAGGUCAUCUCACAAUAAACUGGACUAUGAACACGCGACUCUGGUAACACGAUACCUUGCCUCCUCAAGAUCAUUUUCGAAAAGCUUUGAUGCUUACUUGAGUCAGGUACAAUAUUUUGUUGCUACCAUGCAAUCUAUUAUUUGAACAUCCUUCAAAAUCAAACACUCUUCUUCAAACUGAAUACCUCUACCUCUCAGUAGAUAGAGUUUUGUUAAGGUAGUGGUGACAAUUGUGUUAAACUUCUCCAACCAUUUUUUUUGUUAUUAUCCUUAUAAAUCUUGCAGAUCCUUAGAGUGCUUAACGAAAGUGCUGUUGCAAUCAGAACCAAGGCAAUGAAGUCAUUGUCAGCUGUUAUUUCUGCUGAUCCAUCUAUCCUUUCUAGGGUAAGUGUGCCCUACAAAUUGCUCAUUUUUUUUCUCUUCAUAAACAUCAGAAUUGCUGCUCAUAAGGUGAAGAGCUAAAAGCUUGGGUACUUUUCUGCAUUUAGCACAAAUGGCCUGCAUGCUUUAGUGAGCAUCAAUCUCUAGUUUCACCCUUGUCAGUCCUUUAUUGAACAACCAUUUCUGUCUUGUCCCCCAAAAAUACCAUCAUCAGUUCAUUUUUUACACAAUGUCUGUUCAUUUUUAGGAUGAUAUGCAAAAAGGGGUCCACUCCAAAUUUGUAGACAUGUCAACCAGUGUAAGAGAAGCAGCAGUUGAACUCAUUGGACGCUUUGUCCUUAAUAAACCAGAGUUAAUUCUUCAAUACUACGACAUGAUUAUUGAACGGAUACUUGUAAGUAAAUUCUCUUGUUUCUAACUUACAAUAGGUACAUGUAGUUGUAAUUGUAACUUUUAAGACUGCAGAUAUUGGCCAUUAAGAUAAAUCCACUAUAAAUUUGCUAUCCUUUAAAAUUUUCAAACAAAUUUUAAAAAAAUUAUUGUGUGUGGUAGUUCCUUCUCUUAAUGAUCACAUUAACUCUCCUUUCGUUUUCAGGAUACCGGCAUAAGUGUACGGAAGAGAGUGAUCAAAAUCCUCAGAGAUAUUUGUAUCAACCAGCCAGAUUUUCCAAAAACCACUGAAAUAUGUGUCAAGAUGAUUAGAAGAAUAUCUGAUGAGGAGGGAAUAAAGGUGACAACAUUAGUUAAGAUUAUGGCACAUAAAUGUUAAAAUAACAUGAAGGUACAAUAACAUUGGCUUGAUCUUAAAGAAAGAUAUUGAUUUUCUUAUUAAUUAAGUUACAUGUGUAAAGGAAGUUAAUAUUUUCUUCAUAUCAUUGCUUGUCUGUUGAGACAAUUUUUGACAAGGAUACUUGAUAUAAGUUUCUUGUUUGGCUCCUUUGUGUGGUUUUUGUGUCCCCAAUUAGUGGAGCUAGAAGACCAGACAUUUAAAAAAUAUAUUUUUUCUACUCUGCUGCAAGUUACAGCCAUAUCAAGAGGAAUUAAAAGAGAUAAUCAGAUGUAACUGCCAUACUCAUGUUUUGAUUCUUUUGCGUCAAUUUUUUCCAGGAGUUGGUUACCAAAGUAUUUCAACAAAUGUGGUUUUCACCACUGAAGGGAGAGGAAAACUCAGAUGUUUUUGUCAAACGUGUUGUUCAUAUGACGGAUGUUGUAAGUGCACAAGUUAUUUCCUUGACCUUUAAGAGUUUUUCAUUUAUAUAAAUUGCACUUUAGUUUCCCACAUCUUACUCAGCUAGCAAAGUAUCUUGCGUUUGUUUGUUGUUGUAAUGUAAAGUUAUAUAAUUUCCUAUAACAAAAUCUAUGCAAUUACCCUAUAUUGUUUCAAACACUGUGCCAAAGGACCACAACACCACAUAAUACGCAAAAAAGAAGAAGAAGAAAAGAAAGAACAACCUAUGGACCUUUAAGACGAUAUUCGCGGUUGGUCACCCAUCCAGUUCGUAACCCUGACCGACAGGGCUUAACUUGAGUGCCGUUACCACACCAAGUUUCGCGAGGGUUAUUGCGAAAUACGUAUUUCUAGUUAAAAUAAAUCUACUGUUAGCAUUUUGUUAGUGCUGAAACAUCUCAAACUUUUUCCUUACAGGUUGCAGCAUGUGGUGAAAGUGGGGACUGGUUUGAGCAGCUUCUUGAAAAUGUAAGUGGCAAAAUUAAUCAGUUUGUAUCAUUAUGAUCACUUUUUCAAAGUUUUGAGAGGAUUGCUGAGCUGUCACUUAGAGCCAUAGGGGCAGCGAUCACCCUCAACUUCUAUGACUGUGACCCCAGCUACUUUCGUAGGAAAAAAAGGAAAGCAAACCAAAAAAGAUUUUUGUAGUUGUUUAAUUUCAUGCCCUCUAAUUGCAUAUACCCAGCAAGGUGAAAUCUGAAGUGAAUUGCCAGCUCCUAAUUUAAAGUGUCAGUUGUAAAGAGUUGUAAUCUUUUAUUAUUUUUUCCAAAUAGCUACUUCACAAUGAAGAGGACUCUAUUUCCAGGGCUUCAGAGGUGGCUUGUGGACAAAUAGUCAAUUGUCUUGUGGAGAAUGUGCUAAGUUUGGAGGAGAAAGCUGUUGGUAAGAUUUCACAUUCCCACCCCUCAAGUACUGCAAAAUUGCAAUGUGACCUAGUUCAAAUUUACAUUUUAUCCUACUUUGAACUUGUUUUGAAACAUUUUAGGGUCAACUCCUGUAAUUCUUGUAGCAGUGGAUAUUGUAGGCAGUAUCCCUUGUUAUGUUCUUGAUGAAUGAAGGAAUUCACCAAAUUUAACAUUAAAAUUCUUGAGUAAACUAGGAACAGGCCAGUCACUGUACUAUGUUCAAUGAGAAUAAUAUUAUCAUCAUUUUGUUUUGAUCCUACCACAGCUCAAUCCGAGGGUAAAGGCUCAAGUAGCCAGAGACUGGUGUCCAGCUUGUCAACAUUGUAUCUGAUUAGUAAGAUUAAGCCUCAGCAUUUGGUAAAACAUGCAAUGACUUUACAGCCAUAUCUCAGCACUAAGUGCAGUGUAAGUACAAAGAUUGUAAUGGGAUAGUUUCUUUUAAAAGGGAAAGUAAUUAUUUUAAGCACAGAAAUAUUAUUCACAUGUAUCAAUACUGAGAAACGUUGAUGUUCCCAGCUUUACCCUGAGAUAACCCAGAUUCGAAAGAGGCAAUUCAUUUUCAAAUAAAUGUAGGGUUUAAACUGCAGUGUUGCUUCUGGCGGGAGAGUGAAUUAGAUGCCCCAACAAAGGACUAGCACUCAAAACAUUAGUUUGUCAAUCCCCUCUUUCCCCCUUUUUUGUAGUUCGUUUACAACGAUGACUACAUGUAAAUAGUGCUGGAAAAAGCAGACAAAAAAAUGAGACCGAGACCAAACAACAACAACAACGGCAACAAAUUAAGUAUUUUUAAGGUGCUGCCCAAGUAUAUUUGAAAGGUCACAUUUGAAAAAUUCCAUCCUCAGGCUCCAACAUUAGAACCAUGUUGUAAGGCAAACAGUUCUUUUUGAGAAAACUAAUCCUCAGCAGAAAGAAAAGCCGUAUUCCAGCACUUUAAGUUUGUGAACGCUUUUGGUCUCCUCUGAUUUUUGUUCCCUUGUACUGCUGUAGACCCAAGGAGAUUACCUAGUGAUCCAUAAUGUUGCACGGAUUUUGGAAUUAGUGGUGCCUCUCAUGGAGCAUCCCAGUGAAACAUUCCUGGCCAGCUUGGAGGAAGACUUGAUGAGACUGACUGUGAAGCAUGGACAGACAGUAAGAACUCAUGAUCAUUUUUGCUUUCUCUGUUGAACAUUUACCACAAACUUUGUCCUAGAUAAGUGAUCACAGUUAUUUAUUGGUUCGUGGGUUGAUCUUACAAAAAAGUAAUUUUGAUAGGAUGUAACAGUUGUGAAUUGAAUCAUAUGAAAUGAAUCAUAUUUUGAACCGCAGAUAAAGAUGUGAAAGUGAAAAUGAUCUUUGCAGUAGAAUGGACAACCUAAGUGGUUGAAAAAGGACCUGAAAAAAAUUUGAGCUUGACCAGAAAUAGAACUCUGACCUUGGUGAUGACCAGAUGCAAUGCUCUAUCCAUUGAGCUGAUCAAGUUAACUGUUAUAGUUGUCAUAUACAGCUAUUUUGAGAAAGGUUGCUGGAAAAAGUUUAUGUGACAAUCCUGAAAGGUAUUGUGGGUGGUUUCGAGUUCACUGUUCUUCAAAGAAAUCUGAAAGAAUGGCGUGAGAGGCCAAGAACGUAUGUUUGCGAGCUUUAAAGGAAGGCAACAAAACUAGGUUGGACAGCUAGUGUCAUGAACAGUGUGUUAAUCAUUUCCCAUAUAAUUUAUCUUUCAGGAUUGUUGUGUGCACAUUUUUUUCCGAUAACCCUUCUCAAAGUGGCUGUAACUUACAGUCUGUGGUGUAUUAAGACUUUGAUUGUUUUCAUUUUUAGGUUGUUCAAAGCUGCAUAAGUUGUUUAGGUGCUGUGGUGAAUAAAGUCACCCACAACAUUAGGCUUGUGAAGGAUUACUUCCAAAAGUACCAUGGUAAGCUGACACUGUUAGUUUGAAGAAAACUUCCAGAGAUUUCAGUGAGGCAAUACUUGCUUUAAAAAACUACAUACUGUUACAGUUAAGUGCUACCCUGAAACACAUACAGGAAUCUAACAGAUUACACAAGAUGAUACUUACAUGUAUUGGUAGGUUAUUGCUCAGACUUGAACAUGAUACAACUGCUUGGUUUAUCCUUCAGUUGUUGUAAACUGUAACUGUUGUUGGAUGCUGAACACUAAAGUAACUGGUGACCCUUAUUAAUAUGUAAUUGCAGCAUUCAUGAAUUUGCAAGUACUAUCCUAUUCAAAGAAAGAUUCAGGUGCUCUUUGAUUAGGGAAGAAAAGGAAGGAACAGGCAAUCCUGAUGCUUACAAAUUUUGUCCUCUUUUUAUUUCCAGGCUAUCUGGCAAAAGCCAAAGCAGAUCUCACUAAAAAUCCCGGAAAGGCUCAGAUCAAUAGGCCAACUUUACUGCGAUCAUUGUUUACUCUUGGCCUGCUUUGUAAGCAGUUUGACUUUGACAGUGAUGUCAAGCCAAAAAAUGAGGUAAGUAUUUCAUAGUCAGAUUGUUUUUUUAUUUUUUCAAAAAAGUGCUACUCUGCAUGCUAACAGAAGUGACUACCUGAUCUUGUCAUUGACUAUAGGGUUUUUACUGACAUCACAUGCACAUGGCACUCAUGCUUGCUGAUGUUCAAAACAAUACAAAGUCUCUUUUGGCACAAUGAUAGUAAUGCAUGAAAACAAAGCUAAGUUCCCAUCAGAGACAAAGUUUUAGUAUUGUUCUUACCCUCAAACAUGGCCAUCAUAUCUGAAGAGCCGUUCUAUAGGCAUUUUCAUCUUUUUUGCUAAUAUUAUUCGUUCAAUAUAGUAAUAUCUAUUCAAAAUGGAACCAAAGCUACUGCUCUUGAAAAGAGUUCAAGGAAAGAUUUAAUUGUUUGACUGGUACUGUUCACCGAUAUGUUUACUUCUCUCUUAAGCAGGGUACCACAAAGGACAGAGUAUUUGCUGUUUAUAUCUACUUCACCAAACAUCCUGAUGAGGAAGUCUGUCAAAAAGCCAUUACUGGACUCGGUAAGUGCAUUCACACCAGUAAGGUUGGGUUUCUGGAGAGGCAACUUUUGCUAUUUAUUUAACUAAAACCCCUCCUAAAACAUGAAGUAUGAUGUAAAAGUCAUCCCUAAAGAUACACAACCUCCAUGCUCAAACAAGGGUCAAAUAGAACAGUCUGCAUCAUGUUCAAUUUGUUUGCAGGGUUUCUUUGCAUGAGGUAUGGAGACCUUCUUCUGAAAGGAGAAGCAAAGGACCUUUACCAAGGAAUUUUAUCACAACCUAACCAGCCCUUGAAACUCAAACUUCAGGUUGGUAUAUUUUGUUCCUGUUUCUUUUGUUCAUACAGAGCUAGACUUUGAAUGUAAAACAUUGUAAAAUACUUUUUGAUGGAGUAAAUACUGACAAAUAAUUUUUCUGUUCAAAAGAUUAGUUUUUGGGGAAAACAGGAAAUGUUAUUCAUAUUGAAGCCACAAUCUUCUUUAUAGAACUACUGCUGAAAGUGGUUUUCAUUAAAAUGAUCACAUGGGAGGAUUUCACCCACUGCCUUCUUAAGUUUGAACUACAUUACUGUAUUUUAGCUAUGAUUUUAAUAUAUCAUUGACCCUAAGCUUGUUUAUUUCCAAGGCUGCUUUGUGGUUAAGAUCAGUUAGGUAUGUUUAUGGAUACAGUUUUCAUUUAAAAUUCUUUUCACUGAAAACGUUGCAGGUGUUAAAGAACUUGCAGACCCAUCUCUUAGAGGAGGAAAAAAGACUACAUGUCCAGGAUCAUCACAGUAAGAAAGCCUAGUAUUGUUAAACAUCUGUGUUUCUGAAGACAAGCCCAGAUGUUGUUACUUUAUUCAUUUUGAUUUUCUCAUCAACAAGCAACCUGUUGCAGUGUUGCCAUAACUACUAAUGAAGUCAUGUGUUGUUUACUACUUCAGGACACAGGAAAACAGAAAAAGAAAAGGAAAAUCAAAACCUCAAAGAGCUUGGAGACACUCAGUCUGGGUAUGUGUGGUAAUUUAUUUUGUCUUGGAUUCCUUUUUCCCAUUCAAUCACUUUUUCAUGUAUAUAUUAGUAUGAUAGAAUACUUUUUUAUGUAAUUGUAGGCCUAUAAUGUGCUAUCAAAUUCUUACCUUCACGAAAGUGAAUGUAUGCUCAUGGUAAUGAAACAAUAACUGCUUUUUUGAAAGUGUUUUGUGGUAUUUACCAGCGAAAGUUAUAUAUUUUGUAGUUUAUGUUGCCAUUGAAAUAAAGUUGCACAGCUAUUGUUGUACUGUGUUUGUGAUAUCUACCUCCCUUCUCAACUGUCCACAUCUUUUUUUUUUUUGCAGAAUACCAGUUGUAUUAGAAAACUGCAGGUCAUCUUAGGUGGGAGGGGUGCUUACCACACCCUGUGUUGUCUGUGUUUGUACCACCAGUGCAGUCCUAAUGCAGGUGUAUCUUGAAUAGUACCACCAGUGCAGUAAUGCAGGUGUAUCUGAAGAGUGUGCUAGAAAGCUUCUUACACCCGCAGCCUUCUGUUCGCAUGGCCUCUCUUCAUGUUGUCAAUUUGAUUUUGAGGCAAGGCCUGGUACAUCCUGUUCAGGUUGGUAAAAACUCUUCAUUCUAACAAAGCACCAUUCAGUGUAUUUACUUGAGGCCAAAAAAGGUCUGAAACUGUACAGCCUUCAUUGAUUCGUUAGAUCUAUCCAGACAAAAUUAGUGAAUUUAUUGUCACGUAAUUAUUAUAGCUUAUAAAAUUUGUCCUUGUUUUUCUUGGAUAAUGUGAAUCUAAGACAGCUUUUCUGUACAAAAAAAGUUUUCCAUUGCAUGUUCCUGUCACUUUAGAUUCGUAAAAUAUUAUUGGUUGAAAGUUGACUUGAGAACAAGGAGAUUUCGAGCUCCAUUGCCAUCAGAGUGUCCCACUGUAAAGCCUUUAGUUAAAUAGCUAAGCUUUUGCAUUUUUUCUUAAGAUGUGUAUGCUAGAGAAGUGGUCAAAGCUCUGCUAGGGUGGUUGAGGGGUGGGUUAAAUGGCCUACAGUUCAACUCACACCGAAGCUAGGCCCAAAGCCCCGAGCAAACAGACGCAACAUUGUUGGCCAGCAACUUCCAACAUUGUUGGAUGUUGUAAACGUGUUACGUCCGUUUACACACUGGGCCCUGUUCCAUGUUGUUGUGUGUUGUUGGGAGUUGUUGCACAAAGUUUGAAACUGGUCAAACUUUUAGCUACGUGCAAACAGACGCAACAACUCACCAACAAUGUUGGCAUUUGUUGCGUCCGUUUGCACAUAGCUUAAUGGACCAGUGAAAGGACUAGGAGUAGGGUCUCAAUAUUCCUUCCCAGGGAAAAAAAACCACCCAAAUCAGCCUGUUCUCCUGAGAAUUAAGUGUGCAUUUGCAAGAGAAGUUGAUUCUUUUAGGUUUAGAUUUAUAACACUUUAACCUCAUUGGCAUGCUAAGGCCAACACAACAGAGCUGGGCACUUAUUGAAGUGUUGCCUGGACAUAGACAUAGACUUAGACUUUGCUAUUCAUCUUCCUUUUGUCAACAGUGUGUUCCUUAUCUGAUCGCCAUUGGGACUGAUGAAGAACAGCAAAUGCGAGUUAAAUCAGACCAACAGUUGUCAGAAAUUGAUAGCAAAUAUUCCAUGUUUGUCCAGGUGAGUAAAAGAAAAACUUUGUAAUAUCCCUGCUGUGACUACUUCCCUUUCCAUGUCCAGCUAUAUAAUGGUUUGUGGAGUGAUUGUUAACAGAUUACUCUUGUUUCAGAUGAAAGCCCUGGCUGGCAUAAAGAUGUCAUUUGAACUUCAGCGCCUUGUUCAAAAGGUAUAUUUAUGUUAGAAGAUCGUGUAGUUUCCUUUGGAAGCAGGUUUUUCUUGACUGAGUAAUAAUACAAGAAACACACAUGCAUAGUAGCUGGUGAUUUUACAGUAGGCAGAGUGGGUGUGUGUUUAAGUUGCCUAGUUUAAAACUUUUAUAGAUCAUGUUUUGAUCACUAGCUUGAGUUGUAUCACAGUAGACCCUAAGUCUUAACUGUCAAUGUGCCUACCUCAAUCCCACCAGGAGUGGUGUACCUGUGAUUUAGCCAGAUAACCGAAUGUUCAUCCUUAGUAACAAAGCACUCAUCCUAUGAAAACCACUUCCUUCUAUGCAGGACAAGACAAUACCCAUACGUGGCUACAGGAAAGAGAGCAGCCAGUGUUUGUUAGGUCAUUUGUACUCCAUUAUACGAUCAGGCAGACAACCAAGACGAUCACUGUUACAGUCCAUGUUAAGGACAUUUGAUGACCACAAGGUGAGAGACUUCACUCAAAUCUUCUAUUCGAAAAUCUCUACAUAAUAGCUGCCCCCUACAAUUUCAGAGGAAUUCUGGCAGUCUCUGGGACACGUGCUUAUCUGUAUUUUUGUUGAAGCAUUUUAGUUACCUCACUCUCAGACGCAUGACUUUUAUUCCAAAUAUUAAAGUUGAUUUUUGUUUCUGAGUUUUGAAGUGAUUGGGGUCAAUAUACCGCAACAAACUGUGCAGGUCAUCACCUGAAACUUUAAAGUGAGUUGUGCAUCAUUGAUUGAUGCUUUUACUCUCUAGUUAUUUUCCUGAUUGGUCUGUUAAGUCGAUAUGACUUUUAAUAAUGAUAUUAUCAGUAGUUCCUAGAAUUUGAUACCAUGAGCUGAAGGAACACAACCCUUUUUCACUUUGUCGAUGACUUCCACGGGUAGUUAAAACAUCAGUGUCAACAAUAGUGCUAUUGAGGAGGGAAUUAGUUCCCUCAUCCAGCGAUCAUAAUAUUUCAUCUGCUCAUGGAAUGGCUUUGGGUAAAGUCAUUUACAAUUAUUGUGCAAUGAGAGCAGGAUUUAACUCACCCCACAUGCAUUUUGCGAAUUAAACUUUUCAGGGAACAAAGUUGGAUUUGUUAUUGUACAUUGCUGAUAAUAUGGCACAUUUUCCCUACUCCAUCCAAGAGGAGCCGUUAUUUGUUAUUCACCACAUCGACACCAUUCUGUCCGUAACAGGGACAAAUUUACUUCAUUCUUUCAAAGAGGUAGGUAGUCUGUAAGGGUGAAAAGAGAUGGCUUUUGCACAUUUUGUCCAACUAAGGCAUUUGGAGGUGUGUUAUAACAGAAAAGUGUCUUGUAUAUGUAACUGUAAAGGCAAGAUUGUUUGUAUCAUGUGUACAGCACAUUUUGUGCAGGGGAUUGGUGAGGUUGUGGGGUAGCAUGCAAUACAAAUGAUCCUAAUCAUCCAUGCUUUUACUCCAAUAGACUGCACAGGCAUGGCUUGCAUGGUAUUUCCUCUAUGUUGGCAGACUAAUGUAUGCAUUUAUAUUUCUUUUAUUAAGGCCAUGACUGCUCAGGCAAAACCGACAGUUGAAGGGGUAGACAAUGUUCCCCUAGAGGAAAAUCAAUAUGAAGAGGAGGAAACCACAGAGUCUGUUUUAGGUAUUAAGUGAUUGCUUAUCAUAAUAAAGUCAAUCUAAGACAUUUGAAGAUAUAAUAAAUAUUCAUGGUUCUUUUUCAAGUGUGUCAGGCAAGAUGUCGUUUAUUUUUAUUUUAUUUUCGUAGCCAAAUGAUUUGAACUGUGGGAACUUCCUUUCACAAGUGCCACUUUUUUUCAAACUUUAGCUGACAGUCCAGUAAUCUUAAAAGAAAAGUUUUUUUGACUUUUGUGACUAAAAUGAGAAUCUGUUUGUUUUUGUUGUUAUAGCUCGGCUUCCGCCAGAUCCUACAAACUUUGAAAAAUGCUGCAUGGCAGCCCAAGGCUGCCUCCUCCUGCUGUAUUUAAAACAACAUCUUAAAGAACUGUAUGGUUUCUCAGAUAGGUAGGAAUGUAUAUAUCAUAUCUUCAACUGUACUACACGGUAGUAGUUGUAGAAUUUUAUGCCAUUCAAGUUUUUGCUAAUGGGCAUUAGUCAGGUGGCCAUCAUAAUUUCAAUGUUGAACCUUCCUAUGUGUAAGAAAAUAGCAAGGAAUACAGUACUGAAAGUACCAAUGACUGGUGAAGGUCUUAUUAUCGAACAUUUCAUCUGAAACUUAAGCUGAGCCAUUCUGUUUUACUGUGAAACCUGUGAUUUAAGAAAUAUAAUAAUUUGUAUGGGCAGGAGAGAGGAGAAAUAAGUAAUCUGCCUUGAUUUAUCCUUUUUUCUUUUUAUGGAUAACAUUUUUUUCAAAACAUCUCACCAACAUAAUUCCUUGUCCGUGUUUGUUUUUACAGUAAAUGUCAUAAAUAUUCCCCAUCUGAACCAACAAAGGCCUAUGACAAGACUGUGUCAAGAAAAGCAGGAAUUGUUUUUGAACCUGAGCAAGUUUUGCGGUACGUUGAAGAGCCAGACGCUGUGAGGAGCCAUGAGCAACUAGUACGGGAUUACCUGGAGGUGCGCAUUAAAACUUUUCAUUUAUCAGUGUAACAAAAGUCUAUCUCCUUUUUAAUUUUCAUUUUAUAGGUGCUAUUGAAAUUUAACAACAGCUUCCUACCCAUGGAUUGCCUAUUUUGUGUAUCUUAUUAUACGUGAGGUUAAAACUUCAAAAAUAUUUCCCCUUUAUGGUCCAUCAAGAGAUCGAUUUUUGUUUUUUAACAAUUGUAAAAAAUACCUUAAUUAAUUUAGUAAUUUAGUUUGAGUUUCAUGGGUGCUUGGCAAAAAAGUAACAAGUUCUCAAUAUUUCGUAAAGAUUUGUUUUGGAUAAGACAGCCAAAGUCACUUGUCCAACGUUUGUAAUUGCUGCUCUUUGUAAUCUUAUGCCUUCACUCCAAUGCAUCUUGUGUCUCAAAUUAGAGGUUCUUCUUUUAUUGUGACACUUUUUAUAAUGCAUUUUGAAAAACGUCUUUGGUAUUAAGUUUAGCAUAAUAACGCCUCUGCAUCAUCCAAUAAAGCUCCUUGGAUUGAAGGCUUAAGCUUUAAAUGUUUCAGUAACUCAGUGUCAUGUUCUGCAGUUUAAAUGUCUUAUGAUGAGGCUGGAUCCUUCUGAGGAAGACAGUGACGACUCAGGCAAUGGUGGAAGAGAUAGUCCUAUGGCAGAAGGGCAGAUGGUGGAUCUUGAGGUAGUGAUCCCCCCCCCACCCCUUCAGCCUCCCUUAUCACCCAUAUAGAUAACAAGGGUGGUGCAGUGACGAGAAAAUUCACUUCCCAUUUUUUUGGCCUGGGUUCUAAACCCAGAGGCAAUACCACGUGCAGGUUGAGGGUUUUCUCCAGGCACACUUAAAAAAACAGCACUUGCAAAUUCUAAUUUGAUCUGGAACACAAACCUAAAUUGUUUUACUGGCUAGCUCCUAAUAGCUCCUAUGAGUCGUAGACCAUCAUUUUCUAAACGAAUAGUGGACCAAAUGAAUACUCAUGGCAUGGGCACGGUCAAUCGCUGUUUUGAGGAGAGACGGAAGGUGAUUUCACACAUGCUCACGAAAAAAGAAACAGCUAAAGUUACUGUAUCUGUGGCUGAACUUGGUCUCUCCGUGAAGUUGAAUGAUUUCCUUAUCACAGACCGGAUUUUUUUUUCUGCUUCAAGGGGUGCACAGUUUCAUUGUUUUCUCUUUUUCAUUUUAGGGGAAUCUAAAAACUCCCUCUGCUAAGCCCAGGGAAAAACGAGCCCCUAAACCUAGAAAGGUUUUAAAGGGUCGCAAAACACCUCCUGCUGGACAAGGAAAGGCAAAGUCAAGACCAAAGGGAAAGCGAACCAAGAAGAAAAUAAUAUCCUUUUUAAAAAACAUUUGGGGCCAGGCCUCACUUAGACCGCGGUUUAAGGCAAUCAGUGGUUCUCCAGGUCUGUUAACUAUGCACAGUUAAGAAGGGCAAAUAUUUUGCCAGUCCGGGCUAAAAGCCUUAUUGAAACUGUUCGCAGUAAAGAAUGUUUAGAUAGUCAAAAUUUACAAUGUCUUAGAUCAUGGUUUCAAAACGGAGCAAAACUAACUAUAGGCAAAGUAGCCAAAAACUCCGGGAUCUCACAAGUGAAGUGAAUUAAAGUGAAUCUCAAACAUGAAUGGCUUACUCAACUAACAUGGAACAAUUGCUUAUGAUAAUAAAUUUAAGAGGCCCUUGAAUUCUUACUGUCAGUUGUGAUGAAAAUCACCUUUCUCCUCUCCCGGAUCUGUUCUUUAAUUAUUCACUGUCUUAAAGUAUAUCUCAAGAGUUCUUCAGACUGCAUUCAGUUACCCCCUCAGUCAGACAGUUACUCUGAGGAAGAGACGGCUAUCAAAACAUCAACUCAUUCGAAUCUCUUUACAGUAGGCAACUUACACUGUUAAAUGAGCGAAGAAAACCUGGUUUUUCCAUGUCAGUCAGUCCAUUAUUCAAGCUUAUAGUAGUCCAUUGGUAAAUCCCCUAAUUCAGUUAUUAAAUAAGAUCUUUGUUGAGUGUUUUGAUUAGUUAAUACUAAAUAGUUUUGAGUAAUUGUUGUGUAAUGGCUUGUCUCUGUUCCUUAACAAUUGUAACGCAUCCGUGGAUUUGGAUCAAAGUCUAAUGGACGAGAGUGAUGACGACGUGGACUUUCUCUGUCAGUAAUCCACUGUAUGCGAUCUUGUGGUCUACAUUCAAUCGAUACUUUUACUACAAAAAUUGGUCAAACGUUUUGUUCAGCCAAAAUCUUUGAAUUGGUGUCAAACAAACAUCGCAAGAACUUUUUAAACAAAAUUAGUGAUGUUCUUGCAAACAAUCAUGAGAUACACUGUAAUGUAAAUCACUAGCUUUCAGGCUGAGUUGAACUCUAGCAGUGAAAAGUAUUCUCCUUCUCUUUUUGCAAACAGGGUUCAUGCAAAUACUUUGGUCACAAAAUUUUGUUUCCCUUGAACAGACGUCUUUGUGAUAAGUGGGGUUCAAGUGAAUCGGGAAGUACAAAAAGUGAAUUAAUGAAUAAAAGGUGAAAAGGGGAGAGGUGGCUGAGAAAGAAGCAACACUGCAUUACCCUAAUCCCCAUGUUAUUCUGUGGCCCUUUCAUUGGCUAAGAAUUCCAUAUUACAGAACAAAUUAAUAUUUUGGACCAUUCAAAAAAGCUUUUGUGUUAACCCUGUGCAGAUUAAUAACAAGCCUGAUUAUUAUUUUAGUUCACUGCAUAAAGUUCAAGUUUAAAGGGAAAUUUUUAUUGACAGAGAAGUAAGCGUUAUUAGAAUGCAGUGAAUUGGACAAAAUUCAACAUUUUAAAUUGUUUAUAUUUUACAUCAGCCUUUGCCUUUCCUUGUACAUAAUUGUCUUUUCUUCAUACUUAUGAAUCAAUUUGUCAUCAAUGAAUAAUGGUUGGUGCUGCCCAAGUAUUUGCAUUCCAAAGUGAGAUUGAAUUUCUGUACCCUGUUGUUUUUUGCUUAAUGGAGAGGCUUGGAGACUUAGUUUAGGUAAAGAAAACUUGAAUUCUCCUCUGUGAAAAAUUGUUGUAGCUUGCAAUAUGCGUUAUUUUAAAGUUUUUAAGUUCUUGUCCUUCACCAUUAAUAUAUUAUAAUGUUUCCAAAUGUAAGUAGAGAGUUAUGCUUGUUUUUCUUUUUAAUUGUAUCAUUAACACUGUUUUAUUUAGCCUUGGUUAAAGUUAUAGGAUAUACAUAUGAAUAUUAGAGAAAAUUGUUAACUUAUUUCACUGUUAUUUGUGCUUUUCCUUUCCCUCUCUGUCUCUUUUUGUUCUUGCAAGGUAUAACAAAUCACUUAUUUUGAUGUCUACCUUUGGUAUUACAUAAACUCUGGCCAAUUCAUACUCAUUUAAUAAAAACUAUGUUCUCAUUCCGGAAUAAGACUUAGUGUUCAGGUUCAGGUUGCAUCUGAGGUCAGUGAAGCUAGGCCAUUUUUGUUAUACCAAUCCACUCAUCAUAAAUUAAAAACUAUUUUUCAAAAGUCAUUCCAUGCAAGUGGGAAGAGCUUUUCAUCAUACAUAUGCUUGUGUAAGUAUUGGAAGAAACUACACGUAAGAAUUGUAUCAUUCAUCAUGCAAUAAAGCAGCAUCUGUACUUGUUAAAGAAUUUCCUUCAUUAUCUUGCAAGUUUUGUCUUAAACAG